AAGGUAAAACGGAGCUGCGCCGAUCUACUCUCAGUCUCACCUCUCUCUGUCGAAUCACGACAUUGGAGAACCUGACGGAAACCGUCAGGACCGUCUAAGGACCGUUAUGGAGCCGACGGUCUUCAGAGGGACGGAAUAUUCCUUUGUCCCCACGACCAUCGCCCUCGCCCUCUGGCUCGGCGCCAUCCACUUCACGGCGGCUUUAACGCUAACGGCGCUCAUCCUUCUCCCUUCGCCUCUUGCAUUCGCAAUCUUCGGACUGCUCGUGUUUUUUAUGGCGAUUCCUCUCAAUGAUAAAAAUAAAUGGGGGCAGAAAUUGGCAAGGUAUAUUUGCAAAUACGCGUGUGGGUAUUUCCCGAUUACCCUUCAUGUGGAGGAUAUAAAGGCGUUUGAUCCAAAUCAAGCUUAUGUCUUUGGUUUUGAACCACAUUCGGUUUUACCAAUCGGUGUUGUAGCUCUUGCUAACUUUACAGGAUUCAUGCCUCUACCCAAGAUCAAGGUCCUUGCGAGUACUGCUGUCUUUUAUACACCUUUCCUAAGACAAAUAUGGACAUGGCUGGGGCUUGUUCCUGCGACAAAGAAAAAUUUUGUUUCAUACUUGGCAGCUGGUUAUAGCUGCAUUGUAGUGCCAGGUGGUGUCCGGGAGAUUGUUUAUAUGGAUCAUGAUUCCGAGGUUGCCUUCCUCAAAGCAAGAAAAGGAUUUGUGCGCAUAGCCAUAGAGAUGGGCAGACCUCUGGUUCCAGUUUUCUGCUUUGGUCAGAGUAAUAUCUACAAGUGGUGGAAGCCUAAUGGAAAGUUGUAUGCACAUAUUUCCAGAGCAAUCAAAUUCACCCCAAUCCUUUUCUGGGGCAUUUUUGGGUCACCUAUACCUUAUCGGCAUCCAAUGCAUGUCGUCGUGGGCCGACCCAUUGAGUUCAAGAAAAAUACACAGCCCAGUGUGGAAGAGGUAUGAAGAUUUGACAUCGCUUGUUUGUCUUGGGUUGAUUAGGUUGAUGCAAUCCAUGGUCAGUUUGUGGCAGCAUUUGAAGAGCUUUUUGAGAAGCACAAAGCUAGUGCCGGCCAUCCUCAACUCCAGCUGAGACUUCUUUGAAAUGGAGAAACUUGGAUUUCAAGAGUUCUGAGCUUGAUUUAAUCAGUUGCAAGUUAAAACCACCAGAGCCUCCAUCUUGAAAUUUGGGAUUGCUUUAGUCAAUCUAUCUUAUCAUACAACUGUAUCAGCUAUACCAACCAAAAAAAGAAGAAAGAGAAAAAAAAAAAAAAAAAGAAAAGAAAAGAAAAGAAAGGCUCUGUGUUGUAAUUAUUGUAUUUUAUUAGUCUGCCUUUUUUAUGUAAUGUGCACAGUAACUGAAAAACAAUCGGUGCUUCUGAAAGGAAGAGAAUCCAGCUCAUCAAUCCAAGUGGGACCCAUCUUGAUCGAGUCAUGCACCCACA